UUGUAGCGAGGUUCUGAGCAUUUUCUGUGUUUAACCUUGAUUUCAGUCAUGUCUGGUCGUGGCAAACAAGGAGGCAAGGCUCGCGCCAAGGCCAAGUCGCGCUCGUCCCGCGCUGGCCUCCAGUUCCCGGUAGGGCGAGUGCACCGCUUGCUACGCAAAGGCAACUACGCGGAGCGGGUGGGGGCUGGCGCGCCCGUCUACAUGGCGGCGGUCCUCGAGUACCUGACCGCCGAGAUCCUGGAGCUGGCGGGCAACGCGGCUCGGGACAACAAGAAGACGCGCAUCAUCCCUCGUCACCUCCAGCUGGCCAUCCGCAACGACGAGGAACUGAACAAGCUGCUGGGCAAAGUCACCAUCGCCCAGGGCGGCGUUUUGCCUAACAUCCAGGCCGUUCUGUUACCAAAGAAAACCGAAAGCCACAAAGCCAAAAGCAAAUAAAUGCAGACAAA